AAAUGGUCAACGUCUACUCCUCUGUCGCUGCUCUCGCUCUGUUUGCCAACUCUGCUGCUGCCAGCACCAAAUGGUCUGUCUGGACAGAUGCUGCCUGCACAGCUUCCACUGGUAUCUCACAGACUCUUAACGAUGGUCAGUGUUACUCUCCCACUGAUUUCUGUUCCGUACUUGGUUCCAACUCCACCUCGUGUAUUGAAAAAACCAAGGCGAUGGGUAUGGUCUCUUUCAAGGAAACUGUUCAAGGAUCUUUGCUAUCUAUCAUGUCCUACAACUGCACUGGAUGUGGACCUUGUGCUGGCAGCGCAGUCCCCUUCCCUUGUGGACAAUGUAUUUCUACAGGAAUGUUGAUCGGUGCUGGGCCUAGCGCCUACUUCAAAGCGGAUUGCUCUGCUACUUCUACUACCAUCCCUACUGGAUCGCCUGCUGCUGGUGCUGCCGGCUCCUCAAAAAGCAGCGGUGUGCGCUCCUCUCCCUUAUUGGCUGGCGGUGUGUUUGUUGCCACAUUAAUCACUGCAUUCGCCAUGGUGCUUUAGUAUCUGUAACUGCCAACGUUGACCUCGAUCUCUGAAUGUUAUCCAACCCUUGACAUACUGUUGACUAUGAGUGCUCUUGACACUUGAGCUAUUUUUAUCUUAAGCCAUAAUUAAAAAUGUUUUCUCAAUUUCAUUUC